CUUUGAAUAAUAGCCAACACUUAUCCACAAUAUCAGAGGCUCCAAUUUCCCCACACAUCAUACUAAUUGCCCCAUGAUUUUCAACACUCAAACUUCACAUCAUUUCAGCAGCCUGUUCUCCGAGUAAUGCACAGUCACCCACUUCGCCAAAGCAAGAAACAGAGAAAAACAAUGGCCGAUAACAACCCAAUACGUUUUGGUAUCAUGGGAUGUGCUGAAAUCGCUAGGAAAGUGUCCAGAGCCAUCCAUCUAGCUCCCGAUUCAAUCCUUUACGCCAUCGCCAGCCGUUCGAUCCAAAAAGCGAAACAAUUCGCCGUCAAAAAUGGUUUGUCGGAGACAGUCAAAGUCUACGGAAGCUACGAUGAAUUGCUAGAUGACCCAUGUGUUGAUGCGGUGUAUAUGCCUUUACCAACUAGUCUUCAUGUUCAGUGGGCAGUCAUGGCGGCGGAGAAGAAGAAGCAUUUGAUGCUGGAGAAACCAACGGCUCUUGAUGUGGGUCAGCUUGAUCGGAUAUUGGAAGCUUGUUCUGUGAAUGGUGUGCAAUUUAUGGAUGCAAGUAUGUGGUAUCAUCACCCUAGGACUGCCAAGAUAAAGGAGCUUCUCUCUGAUUCAAAGACUUUUGGGCAAAUUAGAGUGAUCCACAGCUCAUCAUCAUUUUUAGGAACCCCAGAAUUCCUUGAGAAACGAGUAAAACCAGACUUGAAUGCCCUUGGUGCACUAGGAGACGCAGGCUGGUACUGCAUUGGAGCUAUCAUGUGGGCAAAGAACUACCAAUUGCCAACAACUGUAACUGCUCUACCUGCCAUAGCCCGAAACACAACUGGAGUCAUCUUAUCCUGCAACGCCUCAUUACACUGGGACAAAGAACAAACAACUGCGACCUUCUACUGCUCCUUCCUUUCAAAUGAAUCCAUGGACUUGGCAAUCUCAGGCUCUAAUGGAUCGCUUAAUCUGGAGGACUUCAUAAUUCCUUUCACAGAGACUUCUGCUUCAUUCGAGUUCACGUCUGGUGCCAAGUUUUUGGAUCUCCACAUUGGUUGGAAUGUAAAAUCCAAGAGAGUUCAAGUAACUUCUGAGCUUCCACAAGAGGCUAUGAUGGUUCAGGACUUUGUGGAACUGGUGAAGGGCAUUAAACAUUCAGGAUGCAAACCAGAUGGCAAAUGGCCUGAGAUUAGCAGAGUGACUCAAUUGGUAAUGGAUGCUGUAAAUAAUUCUAUAGAUCUUGGUUUUAAACCUGUUACUAUGUAAUUAUCUGGUCAUUAUUGGCUUUCACUAAUCAUAAAGAGAAUUUACAACACGAUUUGAAAUAUUGUUCGAGGGACAUCUAAAUACAUCAUCAGUGUUAGUUUAUAUUUUGUCACAGUGAGAAAUUUACGAAUAGUGGGCAUUAAACAACAUAUUUCAACGAGCUUAAUUACCUGUUUGUUUCUCUCUCUCUCACUCUCUCUACCUAGU